AUGCUGCCCCUUGUCUCCUUUUGUCUAGAGUUUAUUGAUAAGGCCCUCAGCGAUAGAAAUUAUAGACUGCAUCCACCAGAUGAGCAGCAGCUAGCAGCAGCAGCAGCAGCAGCAGCAGCAGGAGUCCCUGCAGCAAACGUUCGACUGCUGCAGGGCCGCCGCCGCAAUCACUGCUUUAUUGAAAAGGAUACGAUCUGCAGCAUGCUGCCUUCUUAUGAUACAUUUACCCAGCCUGCAGCAGCAGCAGCAGCAGCAGCAGCAGCAGCACCAGACACCUCGUCGGAAGGCGCUCAAGCAGCCGACGCAACAACAGCAGCAGCAGCAGCAACACCAGCAGCAGCAGCAGCAGAAGGAAAGAAGACAGUGGGGGGUCGCGUCUUAGUCCACUGUGCAAAGGGUAUUAGCCGCAGCGCAUGCAUUUUGCUUGCCUUUCUUUUAUUCCGCAAGAGUCUCCGUCUUGAUGAUGCUAUUACAUUUUUAUCAAAGAAGAGACCCGUAUACCCCAACGUUGGCUUUCAAGUUCAGCUGCAAUAUCUACAAGACAGGAUGGAGGAGGUGCGCCCGGCGCUGCCUCACAGCGUAGAGCCGGAGCAGGAAGAAGAGCAGCAGCAGCAGCAGCAGCAAAAGCAGCAGCAAAAGGGAGCAGCAGGAGCUGCUGCAGCACAUGCGUUUGAUGCUGCUGUCUCCAUAGAGGAGAGCGAGCCUGAUAUAUUCAGAAGAGACCCCGACGCCAAGAACCGGUUACGGGCGUUCGUGGCCUCCUGCAGUCGCGAUCUGAGUGAGGCGGAUUUGAAGCGAAUGAUUACUCUGCGUAUAGAGCAGCAGUGCGAAGCCCUUGAAGCUCAAGUGUCUCUACUCUAUAAGAAGACGCAGCUGCUGCAGCAAAGAGCUCUAUGGAGGCCCUUCGGCCUUUUCUUUGAAAACCUUCGCUCUUAUCAACUGCAGCAAGAGGAGACAAUUCUUAAAAAGGCAGAAGCAAGUGCACAAAAAGCAGCAGAACUCAAGCUUGUGUUUGCUGCUACGCUCCCGGGUGUCUCCAUGGCUGACAAAGUAGCUGAUGAAAUAAAGGCGUGGGUCUCCGACUGCCGCGCGUCAGCAGCAGCAGCUGCAGCAGCAGCAGCUGCUGCUGCUGCUGCUGCUGCUGAGAAAGAGAAGGCCAGGAGCAGCAGUUCUGCUGCAGAUGCAGCAGCAAGUAAAGUGGAUACAAAAGGAAGAGACAGAGACAAAGACAAAGACAAACGCUCUAAGAAGGCAGCAAGAAGACGCAGCAGCAGCAGAAGCAGAAGCAGAAGCAGAAGCAGCAGCAGAUGCAGCAGCAGAAGCAGAAGAAACAGCAGAAGCACUGAGAGAAAUCCCACAGCUGGGGCUACCAAUGGCACGAGGACCAGCAGCAGCAGCAGCAGCAGCAGCAGCAACAGCAGCAGCAGCAGCAGCAGCAGCAGCAGCAGCAGCAGGAACGGAUUGAAAGAUUUUCAAGGGGCGCUGCUUCCUUGGCAGCAGUCUUCGUACAAACGCCCUCGCAGCAGCAGCAGAGACAGAGACAACGAGAGAGACAGAGAUAGAGACAGGCAGAGACACAGGGACAGAGACAGAUCUGGAGACAGAGACAGCAGCACAGAUAGGAAGAGGUUGAAGAAGAUUGAUAAGAAAAAGAAAAAAGAAAAGAAGAAGCAGUCAGCUCUCCGACUUAAACUCAAAACCCCCAAACCUAAACCGAAGAAGUAUACCAGCGACAGUGAGUAA